UGGAGCUAGGGAGAACCAAGCCCCGCAUCGUGGUGGGGGAGGACAGCGCAGCAGGCUUUGGAAGCCAGCGCCCUCCCCUCCGCAGCAAUAGCCCGCGGUGCCCCGGCCAUGUGAGGGAGCCCAGCGGCCGCUCCCCGUUCGCCUCCCCCUGGAUGCGGAGCGCGGCCCGGGCCCCCGCCGGCUGCGGGCUGCCCCGCGCGCCCGGCUCCCCAGCCCCCCGCCCCGGAGACCCCCUGGCGAGCCCAUGCGGACUCCGGAGCGCGGGGCAGCCCGCCGAGCCGCCGCCGCCGGCCGCCGCCGGCCCGGGCCCUGCGACCUGCUGCCCCGGCGCCCUCGCCGGCCCGGCUCGGCCGGACACCGGGGCCACUGCACCGGCCGGGGCGGCGGCGGCGGCUCCUCCUCCUCCUCCCCGGCUGCGGCCGCCGCUCCUGCGGGGCCCUAAAGCCGCCCGCUUCAAGAGGAUGGUGCGGCUGGCGGCGGAGCUGCUGCUGUUACUGGGGCUGCUGCUGCUCACCUUGCACAUCACCGUGCUGCGGGCCCAGCCCGACCCCGCGCCGGCCAACAGCACCCAGGGCCAGCCGCAGAAUACCCUGGAUGCUGAUGGCCAUUCUUCUCCCAAAACCAGCUUCACAUUAAACCCCAAUGACAGAAGACAAUAUCCUGACCACCAGGCAGCACACAGGCCAUUCCCCAAACAGCGAUUCAGGCAGGAAAAUGGACACACAUCGUUACAAAGAGAUGGACCCAGAUCCUUCCUCCUGGAUCUCCCAAACUUUCCUGACCUAUCAAAAGCAGACAUCAAUGGGCAAAACCCCAACAUUCAGGUUACCAUAGAAGUGGUUGAUGGCCCUGAUACUGAACCAGAGAAGGAUCUACACAAAGAGAGCAGCAAACCUAGCUGGCCUGUCCCAUCCCCUGACUGGAGGAACUGGUGGCAGACGUCAUCCACUUUGACUCGCAUGAGUAGCGGUGACCAGGACUACAAGCAUGACAGCACCACCGAAGACAGCAACUUCCUAAACCCUCGUGGUGGGUGGGAUAGGCAUGCACCCAACCACCGGACUUUUGAAUCCAAGGAGCAGCCAGAGUAUGAUUAUAUUGAUGGAGAGGGAGACUGGAGCUCAUGGUCCAUUUGCAGCGUAACCUGCGGGAAUGGCAAUCAGAAGCGAACGAGGUCCUGUGGAUAUGCCUGCACAGCCACUGAGUCGAGGACAUGUGAUAGGCCAAACUGCCCAGGGAUUGAAGACACCUUCAGGACAGCUGCCACAGAAGUAAGCUUACUUGCAGGAAGCGAAGAGUUCAAUGCCACCAAGCUAUUCGAAGUUGAUACUGAUAGUUGCGAAAGAUGGAUGAGCUGCAAAAGUGAGUUCUUGAAGAAAUACAUGCACAAAGUGGUUAAUGACCUGCCCAGCUGCCCUUGCACCUACCCCACAGAAGUCGCUUACAGCACUGCGGAGAUCUAUGAUCGGAUUAAGCGGAAAAACUUUCGCUGGAAAGAUGCAAGUGGGCCAAAGGAAAAAUUGGAGAUCUACAAGCCCACAGCCCGAUAUUGUAUCCGCUCUAUGCUUUCCUUGGAGAGCACAACGCUAGCAGCGCAGCACUGUUGCUAUGAUGACAAUAUGCAGCUGAUUACUAGGGGGAAAGGGGCGGGCACACCAAACCUGAUCAGCGUAGAAUUCUCCGCCGAGCUCCAUUACAAAGUAGACAUUUUGCCUUGGAUUAUAUGCAAAGGAGACUGGAGCCGAUACAAUGAAGCACGGCCCCCUAACAAUGGGCAGAAAUGUACAGAAAACCCUUCAGAUGAAGACUAUUACAAGCAGUUUCAGGAAGCAAGGGAAUACUGAAGGGAUUUUCCUCCUCAGACAGGAAAAUGAGGAUCAUUCCCAUAGAUGGCACAAUCUAUUUGAAAUGGGGUUGGUCAGUAUCUUUAGUAUGAGUGUAUAUAUUUGUAUAUAAUACAUGUGUAUUUUUCUCUG